AUGGCGUCGUUGGGCGACAUGUCAUCUCCAUGGCCGCGCAAGGCCGACCAGGCAUGUUCCGUGCGCCAUGGUAGCAAAACCCACAAGGGAAGCGGGCGCCGGACCCCGGAAUCCGAUGGCCCGGAUGAAGCUGCUGGGAGCGCUAGUGUGCUUCUGACGACCAAGAUCACCACGUCAGGCCGACCGGGCGAACAUGAACGUUCGAGGAAGAUUGCCGAGAUGGAAACCAAGAGACAGACAGGUCGAAGAUCGGGAUCGCACAGUACACGACGUGACAUGUCCAAAUCACGGAGCCCUUCGCCGACGACGGCAACGCCUGUGAGGUCGGCAUCAGACACAAACCACCAGUCCAGCGACGUGGACGCCGUCGCCCUGCGCACGCUGACACGCAAAAUCGACCUGCGCAUCAUCCCGCUCUUCAUCUUUCUCUACACCAUUACGUUCCUCGACCGCGUCAACAUUGGCAAUGCCAGGCUGUGGCACCUCGAAGCCGACCUCGGCAUGGCGGGGUAUGACUAUAACCUCGCCGUGCUCGUCUUCUACAUCCCCUACAUGCUCCUCGAGAUUCCGUCCAACAUGCUCCUCAACCGCCUGAAGCCGCGCUACUACAUUGCCUCGCUCGUCUUCCUCUGGGGCCUGACCAUCACGCUCGCCGGCUUCUCGACGCGGUUCGCCCACCUCCUCGCGGCCCGCGUCCUGCUCGGCGUCUUCGAGGCCGGCAUGUUCCCCGGCUGCCUCUUCCUCCUGGCCACCUGGUACCCACGCCACGCGCUCCUCACCCGCACCGCCCUCUUCCUGCUCGCCAACGACAUAGCCGGCUCCGUCUCGGGCCUCCUCGGCGCCGGUCUCGGGGCCCUCGACGGCGUCCGCGCCGCCUCGGGCUGGCGCUGGAUCUUCUGGCUCGAGGGCGCCUUCACCUGCGCCGCCGCCCUCCUGGCCCUGCGCUACGUGCCCGACUUUCCGCACCGCGAGCCCUUUCUCGCGGACGCCGAGCGCGCCCUCUGGCUGGCGCGCCUCGAACACGACGCCCGCGGCCUCGGCCACGAGCCCAUGACGCCGCGCCGCGUGCUGCGCGCGCUGCGCGACGGCAAGGUCCUGGCGGGCGGCGUCCUCUACCUCGCCGUCUGCGUCACGGCCUACAGCAUCGCCGUCUUCACGCCGACCAUCCUGCGCACCUUUGGCUGGGGCCCGCUCAAGUCCAAUCUGCUGUCGACGCCCGUGCGCAUCGCGUCGGGCGUCGUGUCCGUCCUUGUCGGUGUCGUUUCGGACCGCACGAGGCGCCGCGGCGUCUACUGUCUCGGCGGCUUCGCGACGAGCAUCGUCGGCCUGCUCCUCGUCAUGGUGCCGACGGACGGAGGGGUGCGCUAUGCGGGGCUGUAUCUUGCGGCCGUGGGCAUUUACGUGUGCCAGCCGCUCGUCAUUGCUUGGACUGUCAACCAGGUCGUCGGCAACGUGAAGCGCGGCACGGCGACGGCGUUCGCCAUCAGCUGUGGUCAGCUCGGCGGCAUCAUCUCGGCCGUCGUGUUUCCCGCCAAGGACGAGCCGCAGUACGUGGCGGGCAUCAGCACGUGCAUCGGAUUUCAGGCCGUGGGCAUCGCCAUGGCGGUCAUCAUGUGGGUGUGUUGCAAGAGGGAGAAUCGAGCGCGGGAAAGGGGCGAGAGAGAGUAUCGGCGGCAUCUGCCGGAGGACGAGGUGCGGAGGUUGGGAGAGAAGCAUCCCGAUUUCAGAUACACAUUGUAA